AUGGGUGCCUUCUGGGGACACGCUGACAUGGGGAUAUUCUUUAUGGCCCUGGGACUGUGGUGGCUGUAUAAUAUUUUUAAAGAUUAUUUCAUGAGCGGAUGUGACACCACAAUAUUCAGAUCCAGAAUCAGCUAUGGCUUGCCCUGUAAACCAAGAAUUCCGAUAGAAAUCAUCAUGAAGUUAUUGUUUAUAGGUGGAGUAAUCCUAUUCGAAUUCGGAACGAGUGGACUACAUUUUAUCAGUGCUGAUGGUAACUUCCGGAACAUCAUUUAUCUCCAACAUCUCACCAUGUUCGGCCUCUUUUUCAUUCAUGCACUUGUUGACCUCAUGGAAUGGGUCAACGCCCCUAUACCACGUGGGUCGGCUGCGGGGACAGGAGCAUUCGCAUUUGGAUGGACAGCAUUGUCCAUGUACUACCACGUGGAGGUCGGUAACAGGAAGCUGGUCGACGUUUUGCUUCACACGAUGCCAAACUACGUCAUCUAUCUGCUGAUGGGGAGUUUUCUAUACGAACAUUACCAUGGUUACAAGGGUGUCCUCGCUCCCAUUGUUAGGGCCUACUCGUCAUUAUUCCUGGGAACGUGGUUUAUACAGGAGGGAUGGGUUCUGUUCGUGCACGACAGAUUUCCUGGAGGUGAAAUGAAUCCUGAGUGGGACCUCGCUGACGAGCGGAACGCCCACUUCAUUCCCGUUGCCUUUGGUUGCCAUUUGAUUGUCGAUUUUCUGAUCGCCGCCAUAUUGUAUGUUGUGCUAUAUUUCAUUUACAUUCCUAAAUCGAGGCUGACAUGUCUCCGAUUGUUCCAAAAAUGGAGAAAACCUUUGAUAGUGAAUAAUGGGGAAAUUGAACGAGAAUAUUUGUUGCUUAGUAACGAUGACAAGGAGGACCAGUUCGUGUGA